AUGAGUAAUAUAUAUGGUGACUUCUUCGCCAGAUCACACAUUGGUGAGAAUCCAGAGAUCAUUAGACAGGGCACUUUAACUCAAUCGCCCGAUAUUCAACCUGCCGGUACCAAGCCUAUUACUAAUCCGCACGAACAUUUUAUUGGCGGCGGAGAUGGGAUUCAAUUCAAUGUUGAUAAAGGAACCAAAAUCACAGAAACCGUACGAAAUUAUAUUUAUAUCCGAGGUGCCUCAGUCUUACCAUCAGAAGGGUAUGUCGAGCUUUACUUCGUACCGAAAACAUUAAUUUUGCAUCCAAACGAUUGGUCAAAGAAUCAAUUAAAAGAUGAGAAAGGCAAUACGCGCAUUAAAUUCAAUGCACCUGCUUACGGAAAGAUAGUAUUAAGUACACCAUUUGUUUGGGACCAUCCGGUAGGGAAUCAACAUUGCUGCCUUGUAUCACGUAUUGUUACAAAGGAACAUCCUAAUGAUAGGCAUAUGACACCAUUUAAAAAUAUUGAUGACUUCAAUAACUGGCUCAAAAACUCACCCGGAAUAGGCUGGCGAAAUAUAGAAUUUGUGAAUCCUUCGUUACCAACCUACACUACGACGACAGACUUACAAAUUCACCCAGAUUGGGCUACGCAUGAUGCUUUGAUUUAUCUCGAAACAGUCGAUAUACCUAAUGGAGUAACCGUAUCUUUCGAAUCAAGUAAUAUCGAUCCUCCUUUCAAACUCGAGCCACAGAAGGUUACUUCCAAGAAUCAAAAGUUUCUUAUACUUACACAAUUGAAAAGCGGAGCCAAGGGUAAAGUCACUUACACUUAUCAUAGAAACGGUAUUGAAGUACAUGCGGAUGCUAAACUUAUUCUUCAUGUUGCGAAGUUAUCCAUCCUUGGCAAUGUAAAUGUUGUUUUCAAACAUGACGUAUGA